AGAGAGAGAGAGAGAGAGAGAUAGAAAACGAGCGACAGUAGAGAGGGAGUGGCGGAUGAGGGGUAAGAGUGAGAGGUUGCAGCGGGAUGGCAGUUCCUCGCCAAGCGUAUUCCGGGUAUGAGUGCUUAUUCUAAGCUGAAGAAAACCCGGAAAAGUGAUCAAACGAAAGUGAAAAAUAGCACCCGGUGAAAUGCUCAUGCAUUGAAUAAUCGCCGGCUCACUCCACGAAUUGACGACGACUAAUCGACGCUGAAUGUCACGUAUCCACUUGGCACUAUUUCGGGAUCCGAUAAAAAAAGAAGAAAAGACUUUACCAGGCGAUACCGCAAUUCUACUUUCAUUCGUUUGCACAUACGCGCGCGCACGCACGGGAGCUGAAAAGAGAGCUGACUCGCGGAAGGGGAAUGCCAAGAGGUAGCGGAGGAAGACGUUGGUGCUCACAGGAAGAGGAGGUGGAGAGCGACGGCGACACGUACACAGAACACUAGUGUGGUUCACGAGGCUGCUCUCGGCGAGUCCUAGACGGUGCAUCGCCUGUCCAACUAGGCGUUCGACUCUCUUGGAUCCAGUUGCGAGGUUAUCGAAGAGGGAGGGAGGGCCGGCGCUUCGAUCCGGCUUUAUUGAUUUCGCAAUAGCCUCUCACCGUCUUCUUUCGCCUUCUUCUCGCUCGUGCUUCCUCGGCGCGAGCUUAUACUUAACCUCCUGCCUAGUUUCACCUGCAGCUAGUGCCGUGAAGUGCCAAGGGCCCUUUUCUAGUCCCACGAGAGUCUGAUCGAGACGAGAUCUCGGUUGGCCAUCGCAGAUUCUUACGUUAUUUCGCGCGAGAGACGCGAGCGAAGAACGGCGAUGCCAGUGGGACAAGCAUUUUCGACAGACGAUUAGCAGCGACCUUGAGAGAGUCAGAGAACGGCGGUGCGCACGCAUGCCAACCCAUGUGAUAGUAUAGACUCACACAUGCGCCUGAUCGCGCAUCUCGACUCGUCCGUGAAACAAUCUUACAUGAAAGAAUAUAUACACCUGCGUGCACUCGGGCAAGUGAACGCUACGAGAAGCUAGUUUGCCGGUACUAUGUGACUCGAGAUUGGAAUAUUUGGGAGGUGCAGUAGUUUCAACGAGGAGGGAUUUGCAGAAGAACUCAGACAAAGCAGCGAGCAGAUGCGAGUGAAAAAGAGAAGAAAAUUGAGAACGAGAAGAAAGCGACUAAGUGGUACAGCUGUUGGCCGACACACGAAAGUAGUCGAGAAGCAGGCGUACGUAUUCAAAUGAGCAAAGGGGGCCGAGAGGAGAGCUCAAGUUGGUACGAUACUUGGUUUUUCGCUGGUGAAAAAACCGGUUCUCGGAACGACGCACUUGCGCUGAAAGGUUGAGCACGCGAAACUGACGGGGAAGCCAAUUCGAGUGAUGAUCGUACGAGCACUCAUGGAAAACCAUGACGGAAAAUGCUUAGGGAACGCUUGUGGUUGACGUCUGUAGGUCGUGUAGCGCGAAGUGCGCGCGAGCGCGCGUGUGCACGCAUGGAAAACUACGGUCUAACCUAAAACGGGAAGAGGUUGCGCCGUGGCGAGAGAAUGGCCUAUUCCGAGGACCAAGUGCACGAAGAGCAGGACUCUCCGGAAAUUAUUGGACGUUGCUUGACCACGACCUGCACUUAACUGAGGGCGACGCUCGCCGGGACUGCACUGCCGCGAGAUACGAGGUCAACCUUGACGAGGGAUAUGAAUAGCGGUGGGCUCUAGCUGCCGGCCAGCGGAUUCCGGUCAGCGGUGAUCGUCAACAGUGAUGAAACGCGCCAGUGCCUCCGCAGCAUCCAGUGCUUGCACAACGGCUCAGCUGAAGCAUCAACCGAUGCCCGCGGCCGCCAUCUCGCUGCAGUGCCAGCCGCAACAUCAGCAGCAGUAUCGUUACAAAUUCGCUCACUACAAAAAGAGCGAUCAGCAGGGCGGCGGCGGCGGCGGUGGUGGCGGCGGCGACGAGGCGAAGCCGGACUGUCAGCUCUACGCGGAGUCUUUCGCCAGCAACGAUGCAAAGAAGGGCGCGCUGGUGAAGCCUGUCAUGUCGCGACUCUUGGCCGUCGACUCGGAGAAUUACAUGCUGCGCUCGGGAUCGAGUGCCACAUCCGAGCCACCUCAGCAGCAGCAGCAGCAGCAGCAGCAGCAUCUAAGCAGCAUCAAGCCUUGCACCCAGGAGCCAAGCGUAUCGAUCGUUCAACUAGCUACCCCGUCGGCAACCGCCAAUGCUUUACGACAGCCGGCAUCGAAGGCCAGCCUUGGAUCGCCGCUGUCGUUUUCGACUCAGCAACCACCGAACCGGUCGCCGGCUGCCGGCAGAGCUCCGACCUCGUCCCAAAACCAGCAAGAUGCUCCUGUCAAGGAAGGCGGCAGGCAUCUUCUCUCUUAUUCGGAUAAUCAUAGACCAAGUGCUCUUAAAAGCUGCGCAAGAUUGGCUUCUUUUCAUCGAUUAAUGUGCUGGUGCGAUUCUGAUGAUCGGACAGCCUUGCCGAUCAAAGAUGCAGGGGAACCGUGUAAAAAUAAUAACCCAAAUGGCAAUAAUAAUAAUAAUAAUAUUAACAAUAAUAAUAAUAAUAAUAACAAUAAUAAUAAUAAUAACGACGAUCGUAACAAGAACAAAAACAGCGGCAGCAGCGAGAAUAAGGAGCAUACUAGUUCGAAUACUAGCGGUACCACCGACGAAAAAGAUUUGCAAGAGAUCGUUGGUUCUGCUCAAGUACAGAGCUUGGAUAAGCAAUCUUCGUCGGAGAGCGGAGGUGUCGGGCAUGGGGCGAACAACGACGAUAUUGAAAAGAAGGACGGGAGCGAUAUUCAAUUGUCGGCAAAAGUCGUUGAAACAAGCAUUUCCCCUCAUUCAUACCCACCAUAUAGAGAACAAUGUUGUUGUAUGUGCGGCUCCGUAUGUCCUGCAGAGUGUCACGUGUGUUUCCACAACGUCUGCUCCAGUUGGUCCGGUCAGCAUCCUUGUCGAUGGGACGUCAAAGCGCAGCACCCAUUGUCAGGCUACGUUUACGAAACGGAAAAGCCUGUCAAUGAAUGGACAUCACUCAAUGUAGUCGAGUGGAUGGCGGCUUUGAAUUUGUAUCGAUAUGCCGAUGUUUUCAAAUCCAAGGAUAUCAAGGGCAGUGACCUGCUCAACUUGGAUCGUGAAAAGCUGAUGAACAUGGGCAUAAAGGAUGAGUUUCAUCAAAAAAAUAUACUCGUAUGCAUUGAGGAGCUGUGCACACCAUCUCCGCCACCCAGCUCGGAAUCCUCUGCUUCUCAAUCAGAACAGCAGCAGCAAAAGAAGCACAAGCUUGUACCUCAUAGUUUCAGCGUGCUCGAAAAGUGCGACAAGUGCCAUAAAUAUCUAAGAGGACUUCUUCACCAGGGCUUCCUUUGUCAAGAUUGCGGUCUAGUUGCUCAUCGAACCUGUUCAGCUACGGGAUUGUUAAUGCCAUGCACUCCCUCAGAUUCUCGAAUGAAUAGAUUCACUUCUGUUUUUGGGCUUGCACUAUGCUCACAGUUCGAUUUAUCAAGUAAAAGCGCUCCGCUGUUGAUAGAGAAAUGUACGCGCGCUCUAGAAGAAAAAGCUGCAAGUGAGCCCGGUCUAGAUCUUUACAAAGUCUAUCACAGUAGCCCACCAAAUGAGCAAACUUUGGAGCUAAGGCAACGACUGAACGAAGAUUUACGGAGCAUCGACCUUAAACUCUAUAGUCCUCAAUGCAUAGCCAGCGUGUUAAAAAAAUUUCUGAGGGAAUUGCCCGAUCCGGUGAUUCCGGUGCAGUGGUACGACAGAUUCUUGGAAGCCUCACGAACGACCGACGAGCAGUGCUCCAAUCGACUGGCGCAAAUGGUUACCGAGCUUCCGCCACAUCAUCGCAGUACCUUGCGCCACCUCAUGGCUCACUUUUGUCGACUUUGCCAAAUGCAACAUUCACGGGGUUACACGGAACCACCGACUAUUCUUGUCCAGGUGCUUUGUCAUUUAUUCCUCAGACCUCCCUGGGAGCAUAUCAUCCAAGUUGUACACAAUAUCGAGGCACACAUUAGAAUAAUGGAGCUACUUUUGCUGCAUUGCGACUGGGGCGAACGCUUACCCGAGUUUGCGAACGCUCCUUUGCUACCACCCCGCAAAGUCUCUAGACCCCAAUUUCCCGUCAUGGACGCAGCAACAUUCGCCAGUCUAGAAGAGGAAGUGAACCGUGAACGUCAACUCUUGGACAAUCAGAGUAGCAAAGAUCAGCAAGCCCAGUCACUGCUGAGGCCGCGGUCGCUGCAUGAUUCCGAAUGGUACUGGGGCGAAAUUUCUCGCGACGAGGUCAACGAAAAAAUGAUUGACACACCGGAUGGCACCUUCCUCGUUCGCAACGCUUCGUCCAAAAUCGGCGAAUACACGCUUACUUUGCGCAAGGGUGGCGCUAACAAACUCAUUAAAAUCUGCCAUCGGAAUUCCAAGUACGGCUUCUCCGAGCCCUACACCUUCAACUCAGUUGUCGAACUUGUCGAUCACUAUAGAAAUUGCUCGUUGUCUCAAUAUAAUUCAACGCUCGACAUAAGGCUGCUCUACCCAGUGUCACGAUUCCAGCAGGAUGAUGAAAUUUCAGGUACCACCGAUGUCAGUAAGGUCAUGCAACGAUAUGUAGAGCUCGACAAAGAACUUACCGAAGUGAUGAAGCAAUACAAUGAAGUAUCGGACAUUUACGGUCGCUCAACAUUCGAGGUGCAGUUCAAAAGACAAGCACUCGAAUCAUUUUGCGAGGCCAUUAAAAUGUUUGAGGAGCAAUUGAAAUUGCAAGAGAAAUUUCAAAAAGAAGCGCAGCCCCACGAAAUUGCCGAUCUUCAGCUCAAUGGAGAGUUACUAAGGUUCAGAUUAAGGUCGCUAGAUGAAAGUAAAAAUUAUGUGGAGGGUAUCUUGAAACAGGAUAUCGCUCAAAAUAGGAGCCUCGAGCGAGAUAUGAAUAAAUUUAAAGUUGAAAUCUUUCUACUUGUUCGUUCGAAAGACAAGCAUAUGAUAUGGUUGAAGAAGAAAGGCGUGAAUCAAGCAAAAAUGUAUCAGUUGUCGCAGAAUCUUAUAACUAAUCGUGACGUGAAUUUUGUGCUGCAAGAUCUCGAUUUAGAUGUGCACAAUGACGAGAAAACGUGGCUCGAUUCUGAAAGCUCGCGUUCUGAUGCCGACAGAAUUCUAUCUACAAGGCCAGACGGUACUUUUUUAAUUCGACCUUCACGAGUUGGAAUGGGACAAUAUGCCUUAUCUAUCAUGUGUAAUGGUACCGUUAACCACUGCAUGAUAUUCGCAACAGAGCGUGGUUACGGCUUUGCAGAGCCAUUCAACAUUCACAAGACGUUGCGACACCUCGUACUUCAUUACGCCCAAAAUUCUCUCGAAGAACACAAUGAAAGUUUAACGACAACUCUCGCCUAUCCGGCAUUUGCGUCUGCUAAUGCACUUGCUAAACUCCAAGCUCAACGUCAAAUACAGUUUCAGCAGUCCAGCGUUGCUUUUCAACUUUUUCAACAACACCAAGCGACUCAGCAACUGCUGUCAUCUUCUACGCAACAGUCGUGAAUUCACUAUGGUUUGUUUGUUUCUGGAAGCUUUGCCUUGAAUCUCUCCAACAUGUCACUCAUCUAUACUAUUGAUACGAAAUCGGACCUGUCUAUUCGUGCGAGCGCCAAAUUCCUCAUUUUACGGAUGGAUUGUAUCCCUUACUCCCAACCAAUCUUUUGAAUGCUGACGUGUCUGCACGAAUCGACAAGCCUUCGAACAAUACGUUUUUUCGAUUCAUGCCUCAACAAAAUCAAUUGAUUUAUUAAAUCAGAAUGAUACAUGUAUUACAUGUUGACUUGAGAAGGUGGUCUACCACUCUAAUUGGUUAGCUUGGCAACAAGCAUCAACAAUUUAAAACAAGUUUCACGCUUAUUUCUUUCGCAAUAUUCAAGUAAGAAACGAGAUGCGGUAUCGGGUGUCAGGCUGUUUUGAAUAAUAAGAAAAUAAGGAAAAAACGCACCGAAAAAAGAAAGACUGAAAUAUCUCAUUUAAUUUUUAUGAUCUAAAAGUUGCGCGUAAACAAUGAGUCGAAUAAUGCGUGCACCAUCAAAUAUAGCUAAGAUAAAUUUUCAUUGAGUUAAAAUUUGCACUAUAUACACAAUUGGUUUUUGCGUGUUUUUUUUUUUUUUUUUUUUUUUUUUU